ACUUAAUUUAUAUAAAAAAAUGUUUUUGAUUACAGUAUAUAGGAGGAUUAAUUGUUUCCAAUCGCAAGGACAGCAACUGGAUCUUGUUUUCUUAUGGAGGGUGUUUUUCAUCAUGGCUGCUUGUUCGAUCUCAAAUAUAAACGCACAGAUUCGUUACUCCGUUCCAGAGGAAAUGAAGAAAGGGUCGCUGAUUGGGAAUAUAGCUCAUGAUCUUGGUCUGGAUGUUCAAAGACUGCGCUCGGGUCGAGCUCGUAUCGCGUCUGGCGACAGCACUGAGUACGUAGAGCUGAAAUCAGACAAAGGGAUUUUGGUUGUAAAGGAGAGAAUUGACCGAGAGCAGCUUUGCGCUGAAACCACUCCGUGCAGCUUCACAUUUGAAAUAAUACUCGAUUAUCCAAUGGAACUACAUCAUGUCACGGUGGAAAUACUGGAUGUAAACGAUCACGCGCCAGCAUUUCCUAAAGAUAUAAUUCAUUUUGAAAUAAGUGAAUCGGCCACUCCUGGAUCUCGUUUUCAACUGGGAAGCGCAGAUGAUCCUGAUGUGGGUGUUAAUUGUAUUCAAAAUUACAUCAUAUCACAGAACGAUAAUUUUGUUUUAAAACAGCACGCACGACAAGGUGGGGUCAAAUAUGCUGAAAUGGUCCUCCAAAAACCUCUAGAUAGAGAGCAGGAUCCACGAUUGUCUCUCAUUGUCACAGCAAUCGAUGGAGGUAACCCUCGGAGAUCAGGUAACGUAAAAAUAGAGGUAAAUGUACUAGAUGCAAAUGACAAUGCGCCAGUAUUUAACCAGUCAGUUUACAGAGCAACAAUAACAGAAACUUCGCCCAUUGGAACUUAUAUAACUACAGUUAAUGCAAGUGAUGCAGACAGUGGAACAAAUAGUUUGGUCUCGUAUAGUUUUACGAACAUGAAAGUCAUUGGCCAUAUUUUUACAUUGGAUGAACGCACUGGUGUAAUAACACUAUCUGGCAUUCUUGACUACGAAAAAGCAAAGAAAUACGAAAUUGAUAUAGAAGCAAAGGACCAAGGCGGCUUAGGAGACUCUGCUAAAGUCAUAAUUGAUUUAACUGAUGUAAAUGAUAAUACGCCAACAAUCAGUGUUAUGUCAUUUUUUACCCCAGUCAGUGAGGAUUCACCUCCAAGCACCACUAUUGCUAUUUUCAGUGUGAAAGAUGUAGAUGCGGGAGAUAAUGGCCACGUUAUUUGUGUAAUUGAUAGAAAUAUUCCAUUUAAACUUCUGUCCUCAUUGCGGAAUUAUUACACUUUAGUCACUGAUGCUGCUUUAGAUCGUGAACGUGUGGAAGAAUAUAAAAUUACUAUCACAGCUACAGAUUCAGGGUCUCCUGCGCUUUCUAGUCAGAAAACUUUAAAUCUUAAAGUAUCAGAUGUUAAUGACAAUCCUCCCAGGUUUCAAAAGAGUGUUUACACUACAUAUGUUAAUGAAAACAAUCAACCUGGUUUGUCCAUA